AUGAAAGAACAGAUAUUAGAAAGCAGGUAUUAUUCAGUGGAAUGCGAUGAAGUCACCAGUCAUAAAAAGUCAUACAUGUCUAUUAUCGUACGUUAUGUUUAUCAGAAUGUUAUUCAAGAGAGGGUUGUAGGGCUGAAAAAUGUAUUGAGCUUGAAAGGAAAAUCAUUGGCUGACAUCAUCAUUGAAAAGUUGGGUGUAUUGCAGAUUUCAUUGCAAAACAUGAUAGGAAAGGGCUUUGACGGUGCAAGUAAUAUGUCCGGCACGGACAAUGGGGUCCAACAACAUCUCAGCGAGUCUGGGGCUACUCUUUCGUUGUACUUCCAUUGUUUUGCCCACAGUCUAAAUUUAGUCCUUGGGAAGACAGCAGAAACGCUACCACUGGUCAAAGAUGUGUUCGACACAAUUGGCUCUAUUUAUAGAGUCAUGGAAGGUUCCCCACAACGCACAGCAGUCUUUGAAAAGUGGCUGAAAGAAUUUUCCAUAAAUGAAGGACGCAGGGCCCUCCGAUCUGUAUCAGACACCCGUUGGACUGCACGGGUCGACAAUCUAUCAGCCACUGCAAAUACAUUGCAGGCUUUGAUUGCAGCAUUAAGAGAGUUGGAGCCGAAAGAAGCUGCGUGUGCUGGUCUCUUAACACAACUGAACUCUUUUGAAUUUGUGCUCAAAUUGAUGAUUCUGAAAGAAGUCUUUGAGAUUUCUAAGUAUGCAUCAGAAUAUCUCCAAAGGGCCGACAUGGAUAUGGUAACGGCAGUCGACGCUGUUCAGACCUUGAUACGACGAAUCACUUCUCUUCAAGACGAGAAGCAUUUUGAUGAAUUGGUCUGCAAAGCCAAAGUUCAUGCUUCUAAGUGUAACGUCAAUAAUACCUUCAACGAAGCAAGUAAACGACGCCGCAGACUACCAGAACGCCUAGGAGAUGGUCAAACUUUGCUUGACGCGACAUUCAGCCACAGCAUUGCAACUCCUUCAGAGUCCAGUCAGUCGGUUACAGCAGUAGAUAAUUUUCGUCAUGUCUUCUACUACCUCUUCUUGGCUUUGAUGCUCAACGAGCUUGGGAAGAGGUUCUCUGUUGAGUCAUGUGAGGUGAUGAUGCAAUUAUCAGCUUUCAAUCAACUUCACUGGAAUGCUGGUAACCAGGGAAAGUUGGCAAAUUUGCGAGCCGUUAUGGUAUUCCUGCACAGCCGACCUGUCAAGAAUACAUGCUAUUGA